AUGGAAUUUCCUUUUAUCGGAAACCCCCGCCAACUUGCUGGCUCACUACGUCAUCGUUCUCUCACAAAUCUUGCAAACAAGUACGGGCCCUUCGCGCAUCUUCAACUUGGACAGGUUUCUCAUCUCAUAGUGUCUUCACCUGAAUAUGCCAAAGAAAUAUUGAAGACACAUGAUCGGGUCUUUGCAAAUAGGCCAAAAAGUCUUGCCACUGACGUCUUUUCUUACAUUAGUACAGAUAUUGUCUUCUCUCCAUAUGGAAAUUAUUGGAGGCAACUUCGAAAGAUUUGCCUAUUAGAGCUUUUCUCACCGAAGAGGGUUCAAAUUUUUAGAAGAAUAAAGGAAGAGGAGGUAUCGGCACUUUUGAGGAACAUCUGUGAGCAUGAAGGUUUUGCCAUAAACCUUAGCAAAAAUAUCUUCGCACUCACAAAUUCUAUAGUAGCAAGAGCAGCCUUUGGCAAAAAGACAGAUAAUGUAGAAUAUAUCCUACAUAAUCUGCAAGAUGUGACAGAGCUAAGUUCUGGCUUAUCAAUUUCCGAUUUUUAUCCUUCACUGAAACUUAUUAGUGUUGUCACUGGGAUGAGAGCUCGAAUUAUGAAAGCGCAGAAAGAUGGUGAUAGAGUGUUCGAUGAUAUCAUCAGGGAACACAUAGAAAAGAAAAGGAACAAUGAUGGAGAGUACGAGGAGGAUCUGGUUGAUGUUCUUCUCAGGAUUCAAAAGGAUAAUGACUUUGAGAUCCCGUUAUCUUUCGAAAACAUUAAAGCAGUUCUUAAAGAUGUUUUAUUUGCUGGAACUGAAACAACAGCAACUACAACAAAACGGGCAAUGUCAGAAUUGCUCAAAAACCCGGAGGCUAUGAAAGAGGCACAGAUAGAGAUACACAGAAACAACAUUAAAACCUUAUCAUCAGAUAGAAGAGAAAAGGCCUAUAAAUUUCUAAUUUUAUAA